CUGGGGGGCGUGGCCACUGAUGAGGCAGCGGUUCCUCUGAACGCCUCGCCGCUCGGACCGGGCAGAGAAACGUCAGUGGAGACCAGCAGGUCCGUCAUCUGCAGCUGAGCUUCAGGUGGUCUUCCUGGAAAGCCGAAGAACAGAAGAUGUUGUAAGCCGAAGUUCUGACUCAAACCCGGUUCCUCAAGAUCUGAAGGCUUCAGCAGAACCAGUAUUAUGAAUCCUCUGGAGAACCUAGUGUCGCUGAGGGGGGUCCAGCUGCUGGACUCCAGCUCCACAGCAGAGCAGCAGAUGAACCCCCCCACUGGAGCCAACAGCCCCACACCCUCACCCCGACCCAGAACGAGCCCCCGAGGCAACAAGAAGUGGGUGGAGUCUGUGUGUGGGUCUGGACUCGCCUCGGCGCUCCGGGUCCAGCACUCCCCAGAGAACGCAGCUCGAGAGCGAAGCCGAGUACGAAACCUGCGACAGGCCUUCCACAGCCUGCAGGCCGCUCUGCCUUCAGUCCCACCCGACACCAAGCUGUCCAAACUGGAUGUUCUGGUCCUGGCAACCAACUACAUAGCUUACCUGACAGAGACUCUGGACCAGGGCGGGACACAUGCAGAGCAUGCUCCGCCCCCCAGGCCUGGUGGAUACCUGCAUCCUGUCAAGAAGUGGCCCAUGCGUUCCCUCCUCUACUGUGGCUCCAUUGGAGAGCUGUUGUCAGCCAAUCAGAGGGCUCGGAGUGGGCAGGAAGGGCCACGCCCCCAGCCGGUGUUCACAGAUGCAGAGAAACCAUGAAGACGCUCAGCUUUACCCCGCCUUCUAUAUGAGCGCAAAGGACAACAUUCAGGCAGGAUUCAGGAUGGUCUGGUUCUGAUCCAAAACUUUUGAUCUGCAGCAGAACCGACCCAGAUUCUGGGAGCUGCUGAAGGCGAAUCAAUGAAGCUUUGAUCUGCUGCAACCACUGAGCUUUCUGUGUGAUGAAUCCAAUGUUUGCUCCCAGAAGCUGGGCUGCAGGACACCC